AUGGUGGGUUAUCAGGAUGACCGCCUGUCCGGGCCGAGCAAGACUUUCGAAGUCUUCACCAAGGAAGAGGCCGUUAAAGUCACGGAUGCUGGCGUUGUACUUAUCCCACGUCCAACCGACGAUGCACAGGACCCUUUGAAUUGGUCCUUCUCUAGGAAAUCUGUGAAUCUGGCGAUUCUUUUCCUGAGCCUCUUCGUUGGCUUCGCUGCCCCUUUUUGCGGACAGCUCAACCUUCAGCAACAAGCAGCCCUAUACCACAAAACUACCGUCCAAAUAACAUACUUCAACUCCGCCGCUUCAGCAGGUCUGGCAACUGGCGGCUUCAUCUGGUGGCCUCUCAGCCACAAAUUCGGACGCACCUCUGUCAUCUUCUGGACCCUAUUCGGGCAGCUGGGUUGCCAAAUAUGGGCUCCGCUGAUGACUGGUCCUAACGAUUACGUGCCGUAUCUGGUCUCUCGUUACUUCUCUGGCUUCUUCGGCAUCGUCACCAGCAUCCUUGGUCCGCGGUAUCUGGUUGACAUGUACUUCCUCCACCAAAGAGGCAGGGCAUUCACGUUCUUGCACCUGGCGUUGAACUUUGGAGCAUCAUUUGGACCAACGAUCUCUGGAUUCGUGGCUGGCAGAACACAUUGGCCUGUCGAAUACUGGUGGUCUGUGGGACUAUGCGCCUUCACAAUCAUUGUUGUAUUCUUGUUCCUCGAGGAGACGACGUACGACCGCACGCCUGGUGCAGUGAACCGCAUCAAGCCUGACAGCUGGCUGAGGGAUCGAUAUGAAACGUUCUUCUUUGGAUCUCAAGUCGGCUCUGGUGUAUCUUUGGGUGGAAUGGCCAAGGUCUUCAUCCAACCAUUCAAGAUGAUGUUUUCCCCAGUCAUCCUCAUCAUUGCUGGUUUCGACACGAUAGCAUUUGGCUUCUACGUUGCCCUGAAUGCCCUCACACCAGUCUGGCUGCAAAUGCCACUCAAGGCUGGCGGUAUCUACGGCUUCACAGUUACGGAGAAUGCUGCGUUCACCUUUGUACAUUGGGCUGGCUUCAUGAUAGGCCUCGUUUAUGGCCACUUCUUCAGCGACCGUAUUCCCCUGUGGCUUGCCGCGCGCAACAAGGGUGUCUGGAAGCCCGAGUACCGACUCCACGCCCUCUGGCCAACCAACUUCGUCCUGAUGCCUCUUGGCCUAGGUCUGGUCGGAGCGGCGAUGCAAUACCGACUUUCUUGGGUAGUAAUGGCCGUUGCACAACUUUUUGUGACAAUUGGCUCGCUUGUCAGCAUACCUACCACAGUCAACUACAUCUGCGAGUGUUUCCGCACCAACACUGUCGAAGCGACGCUGCUGCUCAAUUCGAUGCGUUUGUUCAUGGGCCUGUCUAUCAACUUCUACAUCCAGCCUUGGAUCGCGGCUGUGGGUAUUGGCUGGGUCUAUGGUCAACAGGCAUUCUUCACCCUGUUCGCCUUUUGCUUCCUGAUUGUUCUGAUGGUCUGGGGACGUCAGAUCCGUCAGCUCUCGCCUUUUUGCACUUCAAAGUCUGAGGAGGGCCAGCACAUAUACGAUAAGGGAUACGAGGAACAUGGCUUAUAG